GGCUUGUUUUGCUCUGUCCUAGUUAUGAGAAGUACAGUAUGAACAGAUACAGGGAGAGUCAACAGACAGGGAGAAGAAGGCUGAGGCUGUGAGAGGGACAGAAUAGGGGCAACAGGUAAAAUCCAAAAUAUUUAAAGAGUGUUGUGGUGUCACCGCAAAAAGGAGGCGGCAACAUAUUUGGAAAAGCCCCCAGACUAAGUGGCAAGUGAAUCAAGAGGGACCCUGAACCAGUGCAAGGUGGAGUGACAGACCCCCUACUCUCUGGAAGUCCCCAGCAAUGUCUCAUGAUAUAGGCUGUGAGACCCCUACAGUGUACAGCUCCCCUCAGCACACAGUCUAUGUCCUGGUGGGCUCCUCCAGAGCUGACAGCAUCCAGCUGCUCAGUCUGAGCCCGCUGUUGCCCGAAUCGGGGAUUGUCGCUGACAUUGACGUUGAGUCAGCUCUAGAACCGAACGAGGAUCAGUUUUACCAGUUGAAGAGCCAGCCGAUACCUGCCAGCCAGACUCCAGCGCAGUCUCCCCAGACUCCCCUUCAGACGCCCAGCACAAUGUCAUCACGGAUUCUGCUCCGGCAGCAGCUGAUGAGGGCACAGGCACAGGAGCAGGAACGGCGGGAGCAGGAGCAGCAGGCGGCUCAGGUCUUAGCAGAACGCAGCAACGCCAUGACCCCCGCAAUUAGCGUGAACCCUGCUAGCCGCCCCACCCCGGCACAGGUGCCCCUGGAGAUCCUGAAGGUCCAGACCCACUUGGAGAACCCUACAAAGUACCACAUCCAGCAGUCGCAGAGGCAGCAGGUCAAACAGUACCUCUCCACCACGCUCGGAACGAAGAUGCCCAUUCAUGCCUCUGCCCCAAGCUCCACCGCACUAGCGCCCGCCGCCGGAGCCUCUCCUCAGCCUGAGCAGUCGCUGCUCCCCUCGGCCAGCAGUGCCCCCAACAGUCCCCUGGCAAUGCUGAAAAUUGGCUCGAAUCCAGAAAAAGAGAUUGAUGACGUCAUCGAUGAGAUCAUAAGCCUAGAGUCCAGCUUCAAUGAUGAAAUCAUGGGAUAUGUGGAAAGGGAAAACCUACCUAGCACACUGCCGGUCUCUGGUAACCUCCUGGACAUGUACUGUGCCCCCGGAAUCUCCGCUCCGGCCAUCACUGCCAGCAACUCCUGCCCGGCUGAGCUGCCCAACGUCAAGAAGGAGUACUUUGAACACGAGGCCAAAGCAAUGAUCAAGGAACGUCAGAAGAAAGACAACCACAACCUGAUUGAACGCCGGCGAAGAUUCAACAUUAAUGAUAGAAUUAAAGAGCUGGGGUCUCUCAUCCCGAAGUCCAGCGACCCGGAGCUGCGUUGGAAUAAAGGCACCAUCUUGAAGGCCUCUGUAGAGUACAUCCGGAAACUGCAGAAAGAGCAGCAGAGGGUGCGAGAUCUGGAGGGCAGACAGCGGAAACUGGAGCACAUGAACCAGAGUCUUCUGCUGCGUGUCCAGGAGUUGGAGAUGCAAUCUCAGAUGCAUGGAAAUACAGCCAAUCCACCACCAUCGAUGCUGUUGGGAAUCCCCAAGGCAGAGCCAUUAUCGGGAGUGGUUUCAGAUUUUGGUAUUCAAGCUCUGCAGUCCCUGGACCCGUCCACCUUAGACCUUGGCACUCUCCAUUUCUCAGACCACCUGAGUGACUUAGUGGAUCACGGCCUGAGUUUUGACCUGAGCCUGACUGGGGACUCAGCCAUCGCAGACAUUCUCAUGGAUGAUACACUGUCUCCGCUAGGGGAAGCUGACCCUCUACUUUCUUCCGUCUCUCCCGGAGCAUCCAAGACCAGCAGUCGCCACAGUAGCUUCAGUAUGGAGGAAGACUCCUGAUUCGACCGCAACAAAAUGGACUUCUGAGAGCAACUCCUUCAAAGCAUACUGAGAAAUCUGACUUUGUAUUCUCUGACGUAUUCCGUGUGCCCAAGAGAAUCCCGAUGAUGAAGGUUUGCUCGCAGAAUUGGACUGAGUGCCUGAUCGAUUCCUUCUCAUUUCCCAACAUCACCUACAGAUGGGCAGAGUUUCGUUUCUCUCUUAGACCUGUAGUAGAGCUUUUAAUCGAUUGCGAACACCAUUUCUUAAGUCUUUCAUACUGAGGAAAGCCAGUUUAUGUCAACCCCCAGGAUAGGCCUAUGAGCAGAAUAUCAUCUGUGGAUCAUUAAGCAUGUCGGAGAGUGAGGUGGGAGCGCGAAAUACGUGACUGUGUCAGGUAACGGUCAGAGGGAAUGAUACGCUAAAAAUGGCGCCUGGUAGCAAACAGAUUGCAUGAAAUUCAAAAUGGCACUUGGUAGCUGAGGACAGGAAAUGCAAAAUGGCAUCUGGUAUCAAGUGUUGUGUGGAAAAACAAGAUGGCACCUGGUAGCAAGCGAAGUGAAGACAUACACAGGAUGGUAUCUGAAAGUGAACGAAGGGCAAGAUUGUGUCUGGCUGUGUGAAGUGACGAAUUGAAUGAGGGCCAGGUAGAACAGGAGACAAGGGUGGAUGAGGUAGUCCAAAAAAGCUGACAGGACUUAUUGGACUUUUCAUGAUAAUACUCCAAACUAUAAUAUAUAAGGAUUGUAGUACAAUCUCAGACCCUUGCAUGAUAUAGAUGUCCACAGGCGAGUUCAUGUAGGGUUUGUAGACCUGCUGCUAGUCGGUGAGUCUGGACGGUUGUAUAUAGUCCCGUCACACUAACAGCUCUGUGCUCUUAUCCACGCUUCAGUAGGCCCGAGCCAGCAUUUAAUGAGUCUGCACGGUGUAAUGCAUUAAAAGACGGGUGGGAAAAGGAGAUUGAUAAGAGGCUACGGUGACGGCAUAUGUGGAUGUUGCUAUGGAUAUACUAGGGGUGUGAGACGAAAGCAGUACUUAUGGCUCUGUGUAUACAGGAACACAGGUGGUAGUUUGUGUCUGAGCGGAGGCUCGCGGUGAGACUGUUGUACAGUAUGAUUGUUGGUUAGAGAGUGGGACGGGCCGCGAGUUCGCUGUGUAUAUUCCGGACAGACUAUGCAUCGCAUGGGUGAAUGAAUGUACUGGGGUUUCAAGGCAGGGGACAAAAGGGUACAGGUAACGGGCGGUGAGGGUAUUAGGGGGUGCAGGUCUCGCCCUAUUUCCUCACUGAGAAUGUGUUUUUACAUAGAUAUUAUCUCAUGUGUUUUAUAUCAUACAAACUACUAAGCAUAACUAUGUACUUUCAUUAAAAUAUUUUACACUCUACAA